AUGGCUGACGCAGAUCAAGGAGGUGAUCUCUUCGAUAUGGCAAAGGACGGAACUAAAGUGCCUGGCGAUGCGGGCAAGCAGAACAUUCUGAAAUCUGUCCCUAACCCUCAUCAAAAGGACCCGUCUGCCGCAGGUGGACUCGGUUCAACGACAUUGUAUGGCGCCGCCGACAACCCAAUCCACGAUGACGAGGGCAGGCCCUCUGGUGUUGGCGAAGGUAUUACAGCCACCGGUCAUGAUAUUCCUCAAUCAGUUACGGGGAAGCCAGGUGGCCGGGGUGGAACUCAGGGGUCUGAAGAAAUUAGAGCAAUCACAGGUGGUUUUGCUACGAAGCCUAGCCGCUCUAAAGAAGACGCUUGA